AAAGAAAUAAAUAAAUGAUCGCCCAAAACGACUAAGAGGUUUUUGUCGGGAGUCUAGAAAACAAAAAUUUCGGACCGCUGGGGUUAUUUCGAUCAGCCCCACUUUUGCCGCCCGCCCCCGCCCCUUUCGGACAUCUCUGGAUCCGCCCCUGCUAUUGUCUGUUCUAAACCAUUAACAUAUAUUUGUCCCCGAUUCUAAUACAGUACCAUCAAGCUGCUACCAAGUGCAAUACACCGAAUUACAUUGCAUUGUCUGUUGGUGCUGUGUAGUGCCAAUGUUACAAGUUUGGCACUGCGCUGUCGUAAACCAUUUUUCUUAAAGAUGAACUGUCUGCAUGAGGACGAGGUAAAAAGAAAAGAAAUUUAAAUUCUAUAUUUGAAUUGGCUGAUUUGAGUAUUAAAUGAGAAACUAACUUUGUAUUAUUCAAGGUUUAUUCAUUCAAAAUUGUAAAAGGUAGCCAGUAGCUGAAUUGAUACAAUUGUACAAAACAUCCACAAUUCACUAAGCCAAAACAUUAAAAUUAAUUGUUAAAAACAUCAAUCCUAGAAAACAGUCGCUGCAUUCUUUUGUAUGCAUAGACCCUUGGUUAUAAAUUUAUGGGUGUCUGUCUAGAAAUAAUAUGAAUGUCACUCCUCCAAAUAAAAGCGAAAUGUAGAAUAAAAUGGCUUUGUUUGGUAACGUCUGUAAUAUCAGCUAUUCAGGAUUAUAAUUUAAAUUUUUAGAUAUUUUCCGAUUUUGUUGGAAGGCAAUGUAUCAUUAAUAUAUUCAUAGUAUUAAUGAAAAUCGCUUUAUUACCGAUGUUAAGUAGUCAUUUUUAAAGCAUAAUCUUAUUUUUAAAAAUUCGAUGUGCAAUUUACUAUGGAAAUUAUUGGAUGGGUUGCGGUUUAGUAGUGCGGGAAACCACAACCAGAGUCCAGAGGGAAAAAAAAGUUGGUAUGCGAGGCAGUAGAAGAACCCACAAAUAUCGAAUAAAUUUCUGGUUAACUAGGCCUACACUAUAUCAAUUCUGACCCAAAGGUGUUCCACAGCCAGACUCGAUCACUACACAAUUAAGCAGUCCUAAAUAAUCAAGUAAAGGGCUACUCAGAAUUCUCAGAAAAUUCGAAACAUAUAAGUCUAGUAAUAUACUGUGCACAGGCUGACAUUACAGGGUGAAAAAAGGCUCUGUGACACUGGUAUUUUUGCAAGAAUUAAAGGCUCCCUACUAAGGCACUCGUAGCUGUUGUGGGAUCUGAAACAGCUGUUGGCAUACCGUAUUUUAGUAACCAAACAUGAUAAUGUAUUGUAUUCAACAGGUGAAUCGACACAUUGAACAAUAGUCAUUUCGAUGCUGAUAAUGAAGUGAAAAAGUCCAUAAUUCUAAGCAUAUUACAGUAUAACCAACACAAUAUAUAACAGAGAUUUUCAAAAUCAAUUUUCUUCACUUCGUGAUUCAAGUGCUUUGGAGUCUGAUUUACACAGUGCAGUUUCAUCUUUACGAGUUAUGAAGUUAGUAAAUUCACACUUUGUACCACAAAACACAAUGGAACUAACAGCAAAGGUAUGUUUAAUCAGCAUCGUAAUUGCUGUUUCCUAUCAAAUAUGUGUGAAUUUAUGGCCAUUGCCAGAGCAGAUGAAGAAACUACAAAGUGAGAUAGUGACAAUGCAAAAUAACGUGGAUCAACUUAGGCAAGUGCAGCAGAGGGGGGUAAAGGCGUUACGAGAAGAAAGCGAGAGACAACAGGAACAACUGAAGGAAUUAAAAUUGAUGUUGGACGAGCAUGCACACUCAAUUAGCAAAGAGCAACAAUCUCUGCAUAAACAACAAAGCCAGUUUGGAUCAAAUUUAGACAGAAUAGAUCGCCUUACAGAAGCGCUGCAGAAGGAUGUGAUGAUAUUAAGGGAUGACAGUAAGGAACAUAAACAUGAUCAUAAAGAUGCAAUUGCUCAAUUGAAUGAGAAUAUGAAGUAUCAGUUACAAUACAUUGAUAUACUACGUGAGAGCGAUUCAACCAAGAAAGUUGAAAUGGAAAACCUCAGAGUAGAUUAUAACCAUAAUAUCCGACAAAUAGCUGAAUCGGGGGUAAAGUUAACAAGUUCUUUGAAUGAUUUAAAGAUGACAAUAGACAAUAACAAGCAAGGUAUAAAUGACCUAAGAACAAAACUGGAAUUAGCAAUAAAAGAGGGCAAUAAGAGAAGUGAACGAACGACAAACGAAUCUGAUAUGCAACAGAGGUCUAUGAAUGUAUUUGAUUAUAUAGCGAACAUUUACAGGAGGUUACGACAGUGGUAUAAGGCCCUAUAAAAAAUAUUAUUAGUUCAUCACCCUAUCUGGGCAGGAAAGGUGAUGAGGGAGGGAGGCUUUUUUUUAUUUUUUAUUUUGCUAAAGCCAAA